CUUUUGGAUAUGUUUCCCUUCCUUGUUUUGGUGAUUAUUGCACAUUUGGAAACAUGUUAAAAAAGAAGGUAUAUGUUUAUAUAUCGUUUAAUAUCCGUUAUACCAGUGUUGUAUAUCGAAUAUAGGCUUUGUAGCAAAAAGUAUCGUUCGAAUUCAAGCACUGCAAAAAAAAAAAAAGAAUGGAUACACUGGAAUUGAUUGUUGCUGCGAUUUUUCCCUUUUUCCCUUCCGCCAUUUUUUAUUUUAUUUUUACUUUUGGUUCGCCUAUCUGCAUAGAUCAGUGUGAAUACAAUAAAGCAUACUACUUACCAUUGAAGCGAUUGUCUCGUCAUGGACGCGCAAGAGUCAUCGUUGAGCGCCAUCGAUGAAAGAAUUGAGGCCAUCGAGGAACAAAUGGCGGCAUUGAAAGAGAAACGGCGAUCGCUUUUGUACGAAAGACAGAUGCUGCAGGAGAAUCUUGCACAACAAACGCAGGAACACGGCGUUACAUUGCCCGACUAUGCUUCCGAGUCCUUUCCCUGGUCAGAACGUAUGCGGGAAUUAGCAAAGGAGCACUGGGACAUCCACAACUUUCGAUCGCUUCAAUUGCCUAUCAUCAAUGCUGCUCUCGAUAAAAAACGCGAUAUUUUCGUGGUGUUACCCACCGGUGGAGGCAAAUCUUUAUGCUAUCAACUUCCAGCUCUUCUCGAGGAUGGAUUUACGUUGGUGGUUUCGCCCCUUGUAUCACUGAUCAGGGACCAGAUCUUUCAUCUUCACGAGGCAAAUAUCCCCGCUGCCAUGUUGACCGCCACCACACCGAAACAGCAAGUGACAGAAAUACAAAAUGAAAUGGUCCCCAAAGCACAAGGUUCCCAAUCGACAGCCCCUGCAUUCAAGUUACUGUACGUCACGCCUGAAAAGAUUGCCAAAAGUAAACGUUUUGUUGCCAAGCUCGAUCAAGCCUACGAAGCUGGACGAUUAUCGCGUAUUGUCAUUGACGAAGCGCACUGCUGCUCUCAACAGGGCCAUGAUUUCAGACCCGAUUACAAACAACUCAACCUGUUGCGAACCAUUUUUCCCAAUACCCCGAUCAUGGCACUGACAGCCACCUGUCCUUGGAAUGUCAUGAAAGACGUCAUGAAUAUUCUUGGACUCAAACAACCCCAGCUGAAAGGUGGAAGUCUGCUUUACAGCGCUCCUCUGUACAGGCCGAACCUCGUUUAUCGUGUGUUUACCAAACCCGAUACACCGGUCGCUACAUUGCAACAUAUGACCGAUUGGAUUCUCAAUAACUACCCCACAUCAUCUGGCAUCAUUUACGUUCUCAGCAAAAAAGAUACACAAACGGUAGCGGUGGGAAUCAAUGAAGCUAGUAAAGGUCGUCUUCGCUGCGCCAUCUAUCACGCCGACAUGGAUGAAGAUGACAAGGAGUACACACAUCAGCAAUGGCGAAGUGGGAGAAUCCAAAUCAUUGUAGCCACCAUUGCAUUUGGCAUGGGAAUCAAUCAUCUGGAAACGCGAUUCAUUAUCCAUCAUUCCAUGUCAAAGUCCGUCGAAGGCUAUUACCAAGAAAGUGGACGAGCGGGUCGAGAUGGGCAAAAGGCCGAAUGCAUUUUGUAUUAUCGGGGACAAGACGCUUCUCGUUUGUCAGCGUUUGUGGUUACAGAGGUGCAAGGUCGCAACAACUUGUACGCGAUGAUAAGAUAUGCUCAAGAUUAUGUAACGUGUCGAAAGAUUAUUUUCGAAAAGUAUUUCAUGUGCGAUCCUUCCAUCAUUUCGGGUUCAUCGUCAUCGGAUUCGGUGAUAAACGAGGUGACGCCAGACACAGCAUGUGGUAUCUGCGAUAAUUGUACGCGCCACAGUGACGACGCCAUGCAACUUGUGCGAAGAGACAUUACAUUGGAGGGUAUGACACUGGUGCGGCUGUGUCGAGCCCUGAAACGGGUCAAUGAACGGGUCACCAUGUUGAAGCUCAUCCAAUUAUGGCAAGGGCGUGGAUUGAAGGCGGCCAAGAUUGAAUCGCUUCGUCAGGAUACCGAUGUAGCCCUACCCGCUGAUCGUUCUUUUUCAAACCAGGAUUUGGAGCGAAUUGUCAAUUUCUUACUGAUCCACGGCUACCUGAAUGAAGAUUUCCAUUUUACGCCUUACAACAGUAUAUCUUAUGUCGUUGAAGGUUACCGUGCCGAUCAACUUUAUCGCUUGCAUCGAGAGGAUAUUGAGCAUGGCAACGCCCGUGUUCAAUUAGAACUUGAAUUCUUGCAAAGCCCUGAAACGACCUCACGUAAAAAGGGCAGAACGGUCUCGAAAGCCGCCAAAGAACCCACCGCCGUACUUGAAAGCGAUGACGAUGAUUUUCAAGAUCUAGCGACUCUAAGCAACGUUAUUGAACUUGAUUAACAAUGCAUAUGAACGUUUGCAAAAGAAACUCGCUGCUCUCACUACCAAUUUCUUUCAGUCCACACCAUUUCACAACGGCAUAAUCACGAUAGACCGUCCACCUUUGGUACUCUCUGUACAUUUAUCAUGAACCAUCUCGAAGUGGGGGAUCUCUCUCUCUCUCACACAUUGUACAAUCCCAUGCAAUCAAAAAACAAGACGUGUAUUUUACAUAAAAAAAAUGCUGAAACGAUUGAAAACGGACAGAUGUUUUGUUUUGGGAAGAACUCCUGAUUUCCAAGAAAAUUGCCUUUUGCAGAAAAAUGUCUCGGACAUAUACAGUGCGCUACAGCAACCGAAAUAGAAAUAAAUAUAAGAGUGCAUGGAGAAAUCUUUGAUAAAUCGAUGCAUUCGCGAGUUUUUUUUUGGGGGGGAAGCGGAGGAUUCAUGGAUGAGGAUGAAAUUCCUUGGAGGUUGGUU